CCCACCUCUCUCUCUGCGUUAAAACUCUACGCUCCGGAGACAUCUGCCGCACUCAUCCUUCUAUUCUCUUCAUUCACGAAUACUUUCUCCGUUAUUUCUUCCACAAAUCGACCAGGAUGGUGUCCCAUAAGGAGUUUGUGAAUGCGGGGAAACAGGCCGGGCUGCAGAUCUGGAGGAUUGAGAACCUGGACCUGAAGCCGGUGCCCAAAGGCCUCCACGGGAGCUUCUACACUGGGGACGCCUACCUGCUCCUCCACACGACCUCGCUCCCCUCCUACAGCAUUCACAUGUGGAUCGGUGACGAGUGCUCCCAGGACGAGAGUGGAGCGGCGGCCAUCUUUGCCAUGCAGCUGGAUGACUUCCUGGGGGGCGGGCCGGUGCAGUACAGGGAGGUGCAGAACUAUGAGUCCAGUACCUUCCAGGGCUACUUCAAGACCGGCAUCAAGUACCAGAAAGGGGGCGUGGCAUCGGGCUUCCAGCACGUGGUCACCAACAACGCAGACGUGAAGAGGCUGCUGCACGUUAAGGGUCGCAGGGUCGUCCGGGCAACGGAAGUGGACGUGAACUGGGGAUCUUUCAACAAAGGGGACUGCUUUAUCCUGGACCUGGGGAAGGACAUCUACCAGUGGUGCGGCAGUGAGUGUAACCGCUACGAGAGGCUGAAGGCGUCAGAGCUGGCCAUCGGCAUCCGUGACAACGAGAGGAACGGCCGAGCCAAACUGCACCUGGUGGAGGAGGGGGACGAGCCCGGAGCUUUCACUGAGGUGUUGGGCCCUAAAUCCAGCAUCGCUCCUGCUUCUCCUGACGAUGAGAAAGUGGAUGUGUCCAACAGGAAGAAGGGCGCCCUCUACAUGAUCUCUGAUGCCUCAGGGUCCAUGAAGGUCUCCAUGGUGGCCCCCUCCAGCCCAUUCAAACAGGCCAUGCUCUCUGCGGAGGAGUGCUACAUCCUAGACAACGGAGUGGACAGGAACAUCUUUGUGUGGAAGGGUCCUAAAGCCAACACAUCGGAGCGUAAAGCUGCCAUGUCGGCUGGACAGAAGUUCAUCCGGGACAAGGGCUACUCCAAUAAGACUCAGAUCCAAGUGCUUCCGGCCGGAGCUGAGACCACUCUGUUUAAGCAGUUCUUCAGCGACUGGAAGGACAAAGACGAGACCACGGGCCCCUCCAAAGCCUACGCCAUCGGCCGCAUUGCUAAGAUCAAACAGGAGCCUUUCGACGCCUCCUCCCUCCACUCCAACAAGACCAUGGCUGCUCAGCACGGCAUGGUGGACGACGGCAACGGCAAGGUUCAGAUCUGGCGAGUGGAGGAUGGAGCUAAUGUACCUGUGGACCCAGCCUCUUAUGGGCACUUCUACGGUGGAGACUGUUACCUGAUUCUGUACAGCUACAGACUGGGAGGCCGCGAGCAGCACAUCAUCUACACAUGGCAGGGGCUGAAGUGCACCCAGGACGAGCUGGCUGCCUCAGCCUUCCUCACGGUGAAGCUGGACGACUCUAUGGGAGGAGCUCCGGUUCAGGUGCGUGUGACCCAAGGCCAGGAGCCUCCUCACCUCAUGAGCCUGUUCAGAUCUAAGCUCAUGAUGAUUCACCUUGGAGGGACGUCCCGUAAAGGAGGACAGAGCCAGACAGCCAGCACCCGCCUGUUUCACAUCCGCCAGAGCUCGUCUGGGGCCACGCGCGCGGUCGAGGUGGAGGCGAGUGCGUCCUGUCUGAACACAAACGACGUGUUUGUGCUGAAGAGCCCCUCGGCCUUGAUCGUGUGGAGGGGAGCAGGGGCCAGUGAGCAGGAGAUGGAGGCAGCCAAACACGUGGUGGGCUUUUUAGGAGGCAGCCCCUCCUCUGUGAGCGAGGGCCGCGAGCCAGGUGAAUUCUGGUCAGCUCUGGGAGGGAAGAAGGAGUACCAGACGUCUAAGGCCCUUCGUAACGUGGUCAACCCUCCGCGACUGUUCGCCUGCUCCAACAAAACCGGACGACUCGCUGUUGAAGAAGUUCCAGGAGAUUUCACUCAGUCCGACCUGGCCACAGAUGAUGUCAUGCUGCUGGACACUUGCGAUCAGAUCUUCAUUUGGGUGGGAAAAGACGCCAACGCCGAGGAGAAGAAGGGGGCUCCUAAAAUAGCUAAAGAGUACGUGGACUCCGACCCCUCCGGCCGUAGGGGGACCCCCAUCACCACCAUCAAACAGGGAGCAGAGCCACCCACCUUCACCGGCUGGUUCCAGGCCUGGGAUAGUCACAUGUGGGACACCGACCCUCUGCAGCGUAUCCGGGCUCGCUUCUGAGCACACCCACCCAGUCUCCAGGACAAGCACCUCCUCUCCAAUACAACCAAAUGCCACCUACCACCUACCCACCUACCCCCCACCUACACCACCAGUCAAAAGUUUGGACACACUUUUUCAUUUAUGUUUCUUCAUUUUCAUGACUGUUCACAUUGUAGAUUCUCACUGAAGGCAUCAAAACUAUGAAUGAUACAUUUGGAACAAAGUAAACAAAAAAUAAACUCAAAAUAACUCAACAUUUGUUUUAGAUUUUAUUUAUUUUAAAAUAGCCUUUACCCUUUGGAUUGAUCACAGCUUUGUGCUCUUGGCUCAGCUGUGAAGUGAAAACCAUCUCAGGAGAUUUCAUCAUGAAGUUCACUGAGAGAAGGACAGGGGUUUGCCACUCUGUCAGCAAAGCAAAGGCUGGACACUUGGAUCUAAAUAUAAAAUAUUACAAAUAUUGAGUUAAGUUAUUUAACUUUUUUUCUUUGCUACAUAAUUCCAUACAUCUUUCAUCAUAUAUUUGAUGUCUUUUAUAUGUAUCUAAAAUGCAGAAAGCAGUAAAAAAUAAAGAAAAAAAAGGUGUGUCCAAACCUUGGACUGGUUUUCUCCCCACCCACCCACCUAGUGCCAUGCUGUUUCUCUACCUGCAGUCCCCAAGUGCCAAACCCCAUAUUUCACUGCUACGCUCCAGGCCAAUGGUGCAGUGCGCCAGAUGACAUAUUCUCUUUUUACUUUUUACAAUAGAGCAUAAGCAGUGCUCUGUGGACCGCUGCAUUCAGGUGCUUCAAGACAUCACAGUAUCAUGUAGUACGCCUUGAAACCAUCUUAAAGCAUUAGAUAGAAAUGUAGAGUUUCUUUUUAAAACUUAGUUGUAUUUAGAUGCCAGUCCACCAUGUUGUGUUUUGAUAUUUGUUUUGAUAUAAUGAACCCAGAAACUUAAUGAUAUUUUGUAUGUUUUACCCAUAGACUGUCAGCAGAGAUGGACCGGGCCAAGCUGCCAUUGUAAACUGUUAUGUGCUGAAGGGCUGUAGUCUGAACAAAUCCUUGGUCGAUUAAAGACAUGUCCUGCAGAUCGAUUAGUCAACUACAAAAGGACGUGGCAAAAGCUCUCAAAACCAUUACGUAUCUCUGUUCAUCUGACCCAAACUGCACUCACAAGACUACACCUGCAGGUGGAGUUCAUUCAAAAAACCCCAACAAUUUUUACAAAAACACAGGGUUCACUCCCAAAUCUUCAGAUGACCCACUGACCUAAAUAAAAUAAGACGCCAUCGAAUGAUUAAUCGAAUAAA